AUGAAAAUCAAAGAUCACCAUAAAGUGAAAUCUAUACAUACAGUUUAAGAAGUUUCAAAUACUAAGACAUUUUUCAUUGGAAGAACAACUUAAAGAUCCUUUAUGAAGAAUACAUUGCCUUUACUACCUAUAGCUUAAAUUUGUUAGAUUUAAGUGCCUGCACCAUUAAGUGGAAGGGUAGUUUCAAGAAAGUUAAUGAAGGGAAUAUCCAUAAAAACUUUAGGAAGUGUUGGAGAAGAUGAAACCUAACAUUAGCAGUCUCUUUUCCAACUAAUCGUUUCACCAUAAUUCAAGAAUAUUAUUUCUGAAGAAAAAUAAAAGAAGGAUGAGGGAAAUCAUUUUACAUUAGAUGGUCCAGUAUAAUUUAAGAUUGAAUGCAAAUAAAAAAUUUUCAAAUAAGGAAUGAAAAUUGGAAAUUACUUAAUUUCUAAAGAAGACAAUGUAAACAUAAAAAUAUUCUUAAAAAAAAUUCGAUAAAUAAUGACUACUAGUCAUAUUUAGCAUAAUGAUAUUCAUACAAAUGAAAAUAGUUUUUUAUCAGAUAAAUUCAAGACUUAAAUGACAAGUCCUCGAUUUACAUUUACGAAUCAUUUAUCUACAAUUUAAUAUCAGAAUUAACCAACAUCAAUAUAAAAAGCAGGAAGUACUAUAAUGCUGGAUCCUAUAGAAGAGAAAAAGGAAUAACUUUAACCUACAACACAAAUUAACAGAAGAAUAUUGACUAUAUCUGUUUUUAAUCCUGAAAAUUAGGUAGGCGUCUAUUCAUUUAGUGUUCCAGAUUAUUGUGUGAUAUCAGAACAACAUAAUGAAGAGUUAUAGGUAUUUAAUGAUUAACCAAAACAUGUUUUAAAGUCAGCUUUAUAAUUUGUAAUUACAUUUUAUAUAAUCCUAGAUUACCUAAUAAACUAAAAAAAAUACAUCAAAAUUUUCUAAAUCCAUAUAAAAGAUUAUUGGUAUAACUGAUUAAGAGAAUCUUAAUGAAGAUGUUCAUCAAUUCUAUAAUCUAGAAAAAGUAAUUAUUUUAUGAAGUAAGACUAGUAGGUUCACGAAAAUGUAUUUAUAAAAUAAGAUGUCUCGGAUUUUUACAAAAUUGGAGGAAAAUAUAUUAAUGCAUUUCUAAUUAAUUUAAGAAAAGCGUUCUUCUAUCUCAAUUCUAAAAUUAUGUGAAAGUUAAUAAUCUAGUCGACUCCAAUCUUGUUAUACUAGUCCAAUCAAUAUCUAUUCAGAACAAUUAUCCAAUCCAAUCUUUGAAGUUCAAGUAGAAAAUUAAAAUUUCAUAUUUAAUGAAAUCUAUUGGUUUGAUUAUUCAUUUGAUGAUCAUUCAAAAUAUAAUAUAGAUAGCUUUAAUAGUGAUUUUACAGGUUAUGAUAUUAUUGAAUGUUAAUCCACACUUAAAAUUACAAAUUUUACUUCAUAUCUUAAUUUUAUAAUUAGUAGUUUGGAUGGAUAAGCCAAAAAUUUGAUGCUUCAAGAUGAAAACUUUACAUGUGAUAUUAAAAUAAUUAAGGAUUCAGAAAAUUUAAAUGAUGACAAAUAAAUUAAUAGAACAGUCAAUUCUUUAUAUAGAUAUCUUAAAAAAAAGGAUCAUAUAAAAUAAGUCAAUGUAAUGAUGCAUAGAUAUAAUGAAAUUUUAACUGGAAUUUUUGAAGAUGAACAUGAAAUUGAUAAUCUUAUAAAUAAUUAUGGUUUUACUGAAGUAGAUGAUUAAACAAAUAUUCAAUAACCCACUAAUAAAAUCAAUAUCAAAUUUACUAAACCUAUCAAGAAAAAACCUUCAAAUCAUGAUUAAUCUCCUCCAAGUGAAAGAUCAAAUUAAAAACAUAAUUCAAAAAUUAUAUCACCUCGAAAUUAAACAACUAUUAAUUAAAAUAAUACUUCUAAACCUCUUAAAUAGUUACUUGAAGCUACUUCCAGUUAAACCAGUGUUGUACAUAGAAGGAGUGAUUCUCCAUAAGAAGAUACAAGUAUUAAAGAAACAAGUAAUAUAAAUACUACUUAAUCAAAUAAAAUGAAGGUUACAUAGACGAUGUAAAAUACAACGAUUCCAAUUUCUUAAAAAGAGGAGACUGUAAAACCACUUGUGACGAAAAGUCAAGAGAGAAGAAAUGCUUUUAUUUUGGCUUCAAUGGGCAAACAUGCUUUAUAAAUGAGAACUUAAAUAACUGAAGCUUAGAGAAGAUAAUCUAUUUAAACAAUAGAGAUUAUAAAAUUAUUAAUUGAAGAAUAAAAAUUAUGUGAAGUAUUAUUAAUAAAUAAUAAAUAUUUAGCUUGAAGAAGUAUUCUCAAAUAAUCCUAAUUAAGCAAUAAAUGAGCGUUUAAAAGAGAACAAUACAUAUUUAAUAUUGGCAGCAUAGACUGGGAAUAUUGAGAUAGUGUAAUUCUUAUUACAUAGAGGUGCUUAGAUAAAUUUGUAAAAUGUAUUAAUUUAUAUUUUUAUGAUUUAUAAAAGAAUGAUGGAGAUACUGCGUUACAUAAAGCCAUAGCUUAUCACUUUUAUAAUGUUGCUGAUAUAUUAAUAGCUUAGGGAGCUCAAAAUUUAAGAAAUUGUUAAGGGUUGACUCCUUGGUAGUUAAAUUAAUGA